AGCGAGCCCGGGCCCUUGCCCGGCUGCUGCCCGUGGGCACCUCGUGAGGUGAUGGCCCGGGAAGGGGCUGCUCAGCCCCACAUUUCUGAGAGGGGCGGGGAGGCCACUGGGACCUGACGCAGGGACCCCAGAGGGUCAGUCUCUCUUCCCUGCUGGCACUUCUAGGCAGCCAGGCCUUGCCUGGCCUCACUGACCUCCAUGGCCCAGCCCGUUGCAGUGGCUGCGAUCUCUGUGCCGGGGGAGGAGCCCAGGGCCGGCUGCAUGGGAGGGAGAGACCCCUUUGGGCGCAGUUGCGCCUGUCGGGCUGUGUCUCCUGGGCAGCCUCCAGGGUUGGGGUCUCCCGCUGGCUGCGGUGUCCCUGGAGGCGGGUUCACCACCCCUGCAGGGGCCACCUGGGGUGCAGCAGUGGGAGCAACACCAGCUGCCCCCUCGGUGCCCCCACCUGAGUGGUGCGGUUGCUCUGGGCGGUGCUGUCUGGGCUGCUAGGCACCCCCACAGGUAACCUCUCCUGAGGAACCCUGCUGGCUGCUGCUCACCUUGAGGUGGGGGUACAGGCUCAGAGAUGAACCCUCCUCAGUUUCACGAGGAUUGGUGGUCCCCCAAAACCGCCUGUUUAGUGUGGGCCUCGCGGGCCAGGUCGUCAGGGUGUGGUGAGGGUCUGGCCCCCACCUCCCAGGGUGCCUACGAGACUGGCCUCGUGUGCCCCAGGAGAGCGGCCUGUGCAGGUCCAGGGAUGAGGCCCAAGUUUGUGAGCCAGGUCCAGCCCCUGAGCCCCAGUUCUUGCUUUGCCCUUGUCCUGUGCGGCCCUCUUCCCUCUGGUAUCUCUGAGCCAGGUGCUUCCUCUGUUGCACCCUGGGACUGGAGAGCCGAGCUUCCAUGUCUAGCCAUGGAUGACGACAGUCUGGAUGAGCUUGACCGAAGCCCAGGGCCGGGUGGGCCCCCGCCACCCAGCCCAGCUGCCCUGGCUGGAGAUGCCGGCGGCGGCUCUGAGGACGACUCAGAGGACGACUCGGGCAGCGACUGCAGCGCCGGCGAGGAGGAGGAGGAGGGCUCCCUGGACGGCAGAUCUGGUUCCGAGGACGAGGGAGAUGAGGAGGACGAGGAGGACGAAGCGGCGGAAGCUCCGGGUGGGCUGGACUCCGACGGUGCUUUCAGCUCUGACGAUGACGCUGAGAGCUGCCCGAUCUGCCUCAACGCCUUCCGGGGCCAGGCCGUGGGGACCCCCGAGACCUGCGCCCACCACUUCUGCCUGGACUGCAUCCUGGAGUGGGCCAAGAAUGCCACCUCCUGCCCGGUGGACCGCGCCAUCUUCAAGUGCGUUUGCAUCCGUGCGCGGCCAGGCGGCCCUACCCUGAGGACAGUCCCAGUGGAGCGUACCGGGACCCCGGAGGGCCAGGAGGAGGACCCGACUUUCUGCGGGACGUGUGGCCGGAGUGACCGCGAAGACCGCCUGCUGCUGUGUGAUGGCUGUGACGCUGGGUACCACAUGGAGUGCUUGCGCCCCCCUCUCCAGGAGGUGCCCGUGGACGAGUGGUUCUGCCCGGAGUGCGCUGCCCCCGAAGGGGCUGCCGUUGCUGACCCGGGCACCCCAAGCGAGGAGGAGCUCCUGGCCGACGUGGUGCCCACCAGUAGCAGGCUCCGGCCACGCGCCGGGCGGACCCGGGCCAUUGCCAGGACACGGCAGAGUGAGCGGGUCCGUGCCACCGUGAACCGGAACCGGAUCUCCACCGCCAGGAGUGCGCAGCACAUCCCGAGGUACCUCACGUCGUCGCUGCUGGACGAGACUAUCGAAGCUGUGGCAUCCGGUCUGAGCACUGCUGUGUACCAGCGCCCCCUGGGCCCCCGCGCUUCUGCCAAGCGGAGGAAAGCAGGGAGACGGCGGAAGGCGCCGGGGAGGAGGAAAGGCCCGUCUAAGUCACCCAGGAAGAGCCGGGGCUCUGGGGCACGGCUGAAGAGACGCCAGGGCCGCGUGAGGAAGAGGAGGGGCAGCAGGACGCAGAAUGAAGCUACGGCCCGCUCCCGCCUGGCACAGACCCUGGGCCUGCGGAGGCCAGCCCGGGGGGCCUGCACCCCCUCUCUGUACAGGCCAGCAGAGCCCUCCCUGGGGCUGCUGCGUGCCGACAUUGGGGCCGCCUCCCUGUCUCUGUUUGGGGAUCCUUACGAGCUGGAUCCCUUCGACAGCGGUGAGGCCCUGCCUGCCAGCCCCGGCUCCCUGCUGCACGACAAGAGGCGGGCCCUGUCCCAGUCGGCUCUGCGGUCCCACCAGCCGGUGGCCCGGCCGGUCUCCGUGGGGCUCUCCAGGCGGAGCCUCCCUGCUGCUGGGUCGGAGCCCGAGGUGGACGAGGCCCCCGAGCCCGACCUGCUGGGCAGCAUCCUGUCCAGCCAGAGCCUCCUGAUGAUGAACGGCGCCGACGUGACCAUCCACCGGGACGGCUCCCUUAGUGCCAAGCGGGCGGCACCCGUUUCUUGUCAGCGGGACUUGCCGGGUCUGCCCAAUCGGGGACGAGGCCCCGGGGUCGGGGAUGGCCUGCAGCCAGGCGGGCCACGCUCAGGGAAUGGCCGCAGCCAGCAGGGCGCGGGGCCCAGUCCUUCCUGUGCACCCGCCGUGGCCACGGGGGCGACGGUGAGACCAGGCCCCUCUGCAGGACCCCCGAGGCCAGGCCAGACCCAGAAUUUGUCUGCCGGGAGCAGGCUUGGCUUCCCGCGUGGCGGCACCCCCUGCCUGAUGGGCAGUGGCCCGCGCUCCCCGUCUCUGGGUCCUGCCAUGUCUCAGGUCUCCGAGGGCAGCCCGGUCUCACCCUCCAGGAGCACAGGGCUGGGGCAGGCCCCGAGAACGACGUCCGGGAGGACUGAUGUUCCCCAGCUUCCUCAGAUACCAAAGAUUGGCCCGGGUGGGCAGGCUGACGGGGCCCCCGCCCCAGGGCAGCACGUUGAGCUCCCCAGCGCCUGCAUCAGCCGGUUGACUGGCAGGGAGGGCCCCACACAGCCAAGCCACAGCGCCCGGACCGAGGGCGAGCCCAGUGGCAGGGGCCCGCAGGAACCCAGCUCACAGGCGGGGGGCGCCCCCACUCCAGCCCCAAGGGCGCCCUGCAGGGGGAAGGGCAUCGGCUCCACCUUCGAGAGCUUCAGGAUCAACAUCCCGGGGAACGCGGCCCAGGCCGGCCGGCCCUCCCACCCCGGCUUCUGCAACACCUUCCGGCCGGUGGACAGCAAGGCCCCACGCAAGGAGGCGCCCUCGCCCCUCUUCUCCAUCCGGAAGGCGCGGCAGCUCAAGAGCGAGAUGUACGACCCCUUCGACCCCACGGGCUCCGACUCCAGCUCGCCCGCCGGCAGCCCUGAGCGCCUGGGCCCCGGGCUCCUGCCCACCGAGAUCACCAGGACCAUCUCCGUCGACAGCCCCGAGGCCCCCGCGGCCCCGGCCGUGCGCUGCGUCACCUCCUACACGGUGGAGGCUGUUUUCGGGGCCGAGCCCGAGCCCUCCGGGGCGCUGCAGCCCCGUGACCAGGACGUGGCCGGCGUGGCGCGGGAUGUGCCAGCGGCAGAGGAGGGGCUGGCCGGGAGCCCAGGGUCAGCUGCCCCGGGGCCGAGCCCGUGCCCGCCGGGGCCCUGGGAGGAUGACGACGGCCCCCACCACAGCACCUUCUUCGGCUCUGAGGAGCGGACAGUGACCUGUGUGGCCGGCCCGGAGCCCGGGCCCUUGCGGAGCGCCCCCCACAGGCUCGUGGAGCUCCGCUCCCGCUCCCGCUCCAGCUCGGGCUCCACGUCCAGCUCGCACGGCCGCAGGAAAGCCAAGCGGAAGCGGACAGCUGCCAGGGGGCACCGGCGGUCCCGCUCCCGGGACCGGGCCUCGCGCUCGGCCUCGCCGCCCCCGGGCGGGGACUACCCUGGCAGGCAGCGGCCCAGGGCCCGGAGCCGCAGGUCUUCCAGCGACCGGUCCAGCAGCCGUGAGCAGGCCAAGCGCAGGCGGGCCAGGGACAGGAGCAGGGAGGGGCGGCGCGGCUCCUGGGGCCACGGCCCUGGCCGGCGGCGCUCACGCUCGGUCAGCCCUGGGAGCCCCGCCCGCGAGAGCCGGAGCAAGAAGAAGCGGCCGCGGGGCCGGGAGUGCCUGCCCCCCAGCAGCCUGGACCGGCUCCGGAGGCACCGGCACCCCAGGGAGAGGAGCCGGGAGCGGCCCCGCGAAAGGAGGAAGCGCCGGUCCCGGUCGCCCAGUACAGAGCACAGGGCCCGGCGGCCCCGGUCCCGGGAGAAGAGGCCGCGGCUGCGCGCCUCCUCCGAGAGGAAGCCGGGGAGGGCGGCGCCUGCAGUGCCCCCCACCCAGGACGAACCAGCGCCCCGGGAGCCCCCGGCCCAGCCUGCCGCUUUGGCGGGAGCGGGUGCCUCGCCGGCCCAGCAGGAAGCCGCCAGGGCCCUCCCGGAGGCGGCCCUGGACCCAGCGGCACCGGCCGAGUGUCCGCCUGAGGACCUGGACUACGCCGACUCCGUCGAGGCCGGCCGCGUCUUUGAGGACUUGGCCAGCGAGGCGCUCCUGGUGCAGCUGGAUGACAUGAGCUCCCCGCCCUCCCCUGAGAGCACCGACUCCUCCCCGGAGCGUGCCCUCCCCCCAAACCCUGCCGUGCCCCUGGCUCUGCCCCCCAAGGAGGCGUUGUUGGCCCUCGCAGAGGGCACCGCGCAGCAGCUCCCCCUGGCCGAGGGCCCCCAGCAGAAGCCCUGGCUGCCGCCAGAGGUGGCUGAGGCCACUGUGGUGCCCAGUACCCUGGGGGCCCGGGCCCUGGCCCCUCUGGAGAAGGAGGAAGGCUGCUCGCAGACCCCCCUGCUGCGAGCCAAGGCCCUGGUGAAGAGGGUCACGUGGAACCUGCAGGCGGCGGGGGACAGUGGCCUGCGGGCGCCACUUCCCAGGCCCCAGAAGCCCCGGGAAGAGGUCUGGGAGAUGGACGAGGCAGGCCCCCUGGUGGCCCAGCGCGCUCCCUUCCCAGAGCCCCCGCCCUCCGGUCACCUGCUCCCAGAGCCCAGCUUCCCCCGUGCCGACCCUUCUCAGGUUCACAGCCUCGGCCUGCCCCCCGCCCCAGCUCUGCACUCGAGUGUCCCGCCCUGCACGCCGGCCGGCCAGCCCCCCGUCCAGCUUCUCCUGCAGGCCAGCCUGCCCCUGGCGGGCUGCGGGGUGGCCCCAAGCCCGGCCCCUGCGCCCACCAUCCUGGCCACAGCCUCGGAGCCAGCUGGCCAUGCCACCGCCAACUCUGAGGACAGGCAGGCUGCUCCCCGGCCAGCUGCCGAGAAGACCAAGAACGAGGAGUACAUGAAGAAGCUGCACGUGCAGGAGCGGGCGGUGGAGGAGGUGAAGCUGGCCAUCAAGCCCUUCUACCAGCGCAGGGAGGUCAGCAAGGACGAGUACAAGGACAUUCUGCGCAAGGCCGUGCAGAAGAUCUGCCACAGCAAGAGUGGGGAGAUCAACCCCGUGAAGGUGGGCAACCUGGUCAAGGCCUACGUGGACAAGUACCGGCACAUGAGGCGGCACCGGCGGGUGGAGGCGGGCGAGGGGCCGGGUGCCGAGGGCUGAGGGGCACCCGUCCGCGUGGAGCUGGGCCCGUUUACGCGUAUACCAGACGCACACGCAGCUUGUUCUAAUUUAUCAAAAAGAUUAUCUUUAGAAGUUUCUGAGUUGACUCGGUCCUUGUGGACACGGUGGGGCGGG